GGUACAAUUGCUAUCUCACUCUGGAUGGAAGUGAAUGUUACUAUGGUUACAGGGGUUUAUAAGCAUCGCAUUCAUGCAAACUACCUGUGUUCAACACUCUGAACUCACACCCGAACUCCUUUCAGCCAACCACAAUCCACUAUUUACACCUGAACUCCUUUCAGCCAAUCACAAUCCACUAUUUACACCUGAACUCCUUCCAGCCAAUCACAAUCCACUAUUCUCACCUGAACUCCUUCUAGCCAAUCACAGUCCAGUAUACUAAAAUAAUCUGCUGUUAGUAAGUGAUGAAUGUGAGACUCAGUCAUGGAUCUGAAUUCUGUGUUGAACACUUGGUUCUGUAGCUUCCUGUUUGUAGGAUGAGGAACAGGGUGUCACAUUUCUGCUGAUGAAGGAGAUCUCGUGUAUAAAGUCUCUGACUCUGAAUCUCUUCUGCACUUGUUCAUUCUGCGAACAUCACGUUCCACGAUUGAAUCCAUCAUGAAGCUCCUCGCUGUUCUUCUCGUUCCUCUCCUGCUCUCGGUCUGUCUGGGUAAAGUGGGAGAUUUUAUUCGGGACUGUCCAGGUUUCUUCCCAAAGCUGAAUGGAGUCAUUUCUCCUCCCAAAAUGUUUGUGGGCCGUCAAUAUAAACAGAUCUGUCAAACCCUGAACAAUAACGUUGAAUUCGCAACUUUUUAUAACAUCAAAAACAGGAUCCCUGUUUACUCGUCUUACAAGUUUACCGGACAAGUGAAAUGUACACGAAAGACUGGAAAGUGGUUUAUCGAACCUCAGCUGGAUGAUCAAACUCAGGGUGGAAACAUGAAGAAUGAGUCUGGUGGGAAUUACGGAGCUCAUCAGGCUCUGAAUGAAGAUUAUAAAAAUCAAACACCCCGGUGUGAAUACCAUAGAGGACACCUGGCUCCUGUGUAUCACUCCAGUACUCAAAGCUGUGCUGUUGCCACCUUCACGCUCACCAACGCUGCUCCUCAACAGGCUUCGUUCAACAGGAGAUGGUUUCAUUAUGCAGAGAGCAAAAUGGCGAAGAAGAUGAGUACAGACUGCAUUAAUAAGGGCCUGAAAGCGUAUGUGGUGACCGGAGUGGUCCCAGGAAACACCAAGCUGAAAAAUAGAGUUCUGAUCCCCAGUCACUACUGGACCGCGUUCUGCUGCCUGGAUAACAACAACAAACCCAAACUCUCACUUGGGUAUUAUGCAGAAAAUAAAAAGAACAGUACAAUAAAUCAAGUGUCCCUGCAGGGUUUGGAGAGGAAAUUAAAGAUAAAGUAUGGCCAAAAUUUCACUGUGUUCCCUGGAGGAUGUUAAAUAAAUAUAAGAAAGUUUUGAUCUAUUUUACAGCCUGUGUGUUUCAGGAGUCCUGCAUCUCCUCUCUCUGCAUCUCUUUAUAUCCUCGUAACAAAAAUCAUUCGUAUAUAUGUUGUGUUUUGUAAUGAGUUGUUUUCUGUAGGAAACUCAGUCACAUGUGAAAUUCUACACUUUUUCUUCUGCUUUGACUUAAUAAAUCAAUAAACAAUCGCAAACCAA